AUGAGCAUAUUCAUAAAUGAUCCUUACAUCCGGCUGCCAUUUACAUUACCCCAAGAAAUCGACCCUUUCUUUCUCCUCUGGUUUUUCAUCUUCAUCACUUCAAAACUCAAACAAAAUCCUGACCUAAUCAAAGCUUAUGUUGGGUUAAGUAGUUUAUGCACAUUCAAGAUUCACCAUGGGGUUAUGUUCACAAAAUACCUAGGAAGACGUUACGUUGGUGGGAGUAUUGACUAUGUUGACUACGUAGACAUGGACGAGUUUUUUGUACAUGAGUUAGACGAUAUGUUGAAGGAGAUAUGUUAUAUCAACGGUGAGCCUACCUACUACCACUUCUUGAUUCCAGAGAUUGAAAUCGAUUAUGGGUUACUUCCUCUAGGUAACGACUCAGACGUACUUUUGUUAAGUAAGCAUGUCGCUAAUCACAAAAAGAUUAUGGUGUAUACUGAACAUGGAACUACUAGACUCCAUACAUACUUUAUGUCUCCAAAUAAGCUUGUAUUAGAAGAAAUCAAUGAGCCUAUUUCUCCUGAACUCAAUCGAAAAAGGUCUGUUGUACCUUUUGGACAUUUUAAUAGAGAUGUAGUGAAAGAUGAUGGAGUUCAGCCUGCAAGUGAGAAGCUUAACAAAGUCCAAGAUGUUGGUUCUUCAGAAGACUUUGAUCAUUUCUUUUAUAUGGAUCAUAAUGAUUACCAACAGAUGGGGGACAAUGACUACCAACAAAUCGGGGACAAUAAAGAAAUUGGGGAUGUUAUUAGUGAUGAGAGUAGUACUGAUGGAAGUAUAAGCGAUGAUAGUGACUUUUUAGUAGAUAAACUUAAUAUGGUGGAGGAUGUAGAAGUGAAUAUGAAAGACUUCCACAGUGGUGUUUAUUCUUUUCCAAAUCUGGAUAACCACCAAUCAUUCAAUGCACCUGAUGUCACGGUUGAUGAGGAUUUGGAGUGA